GGAGGGGCCGCCAUUUUCGGUGAGGAGAGGGGCGGAGCCAAGGCCGCUCAGUCAGGCUUGGGAAGCCGGGAAAGACUUACCUCUCGGCGGCUGUGGUAACAACAACAGCGGCAGCGGCGGCUCUGGGGAGCCCAGCCUCUUCUCCGUGACUGUCAGCCGGCUGUUCCGGUCUGGGCGGAGAGGUCAUUGCUGGGAAUGUAUGACAACAUGUCCACAAUGGUAUAUCUAAAGGAAGACAAGUUGGAGAAACUCACUCAAGAUGAAAUUAUUUCUAAGACUAAGCAAGUGAUUCAAGGACUAGAAGCUUUGAAGAAUGAGCACAAUUCCAUCUUACAAAGUUUACUGGAGACACUGAAAUGUUUGAAGAAAGACGAUGAGACCAAUUUGGUGGAAGAAAAAUCAAACAUGAUUCGCAAAUCUUUGGAAAUGCUGGAACUUGGCCUCAGUGAAGCACAGGUAAUGAUGGCCUUGUCAAAUCACUUAAAUGCAGUGGAAUCAGAGAAGCAGAAAUUACGUGCUCAGGUUCGCAGGCUAUGCCAGGAAAAUCAGUGGCUAAGGGAUGAGCUAGCCAAUACGCAGCAGAAAUUACAAAAGAGUGAGCAGUCAGUGGCUCAACUGGAAGAAGAAAAGAAGCACCUAGAAUUUAUGAAUCAGUUAAAAAAGUAUGACGAUGACAUAUCUCCUUCAGAAGAUAAAGACACCGAUUCUACCAAAGAGCCACUGGAUGACUUAUUCCCCAAUGAUGAAGAUGACCAAGGGCAAGGAAUUCAACAGCCACAUAGCAGUGCAGCAGCUGCUGCCCAACAGGGUGGCUACGAAAUUCCAGCACGAUUAAGGACCCUUCAUAACCUUGUCAUUCAGUAUGCCUCCCAAGGCAGAUAUGAGGUUGCUGUACCCCUCUGUAAACAAGCACUUGAAGACCUGGAGAAGACAUCAGGUCAUGAUCACCCUGAUGUUGCCACUAUGUUGAACAUACUUGCAUUGGUAUACAGGGACCAAAAUAAAUAUAAAGAUGCAGCAAACUUACUGAAUGAUGCCUUGGCGAUUCGUGAGAAGACCUUGGGCAAAGAUCAUCCAGCGGUAGCAGCAACUUUAAACAACCUUGCAGUGCUUUAUGGAAAAAGAGGAAAAUACAAGGAAGCUGAACCCUUAUGCAAGAGAGCUUUGGAAAUCAGAGAGAAGGUACUUGGCAAAGACCAUCCAGAUGUUGCCAAACAGUUAAAUAAUCUGGCAUUGCUAUGUCAGAACCAGGGUAAAUAUGAAGAAGUGGAAUACUACUAUCAACGGGCACUUGAGAUCUACCAAACUAAACUGGGGCCGGAUGAUCCAAAUGUAGCAAAAACAAAGAAUAACUUGGCAUCCUGCUACUUGAAACAAGGCAAAUUUAAGCAAGCAGAAACUUUAUACAAAGAGAUCCUUACUCGUGCCCAUGAAAGGGAAUUUGGCUCUGUGGAUGAUGAAAACAAACCCAUCUGGAUGCAUGCUGAAGAGAGAGAAGAAUGCAAAGGAAAGCAAAAAGAUGGCACUACUUUUGGUGAAUAUGGAGGCUGGUACAAAGCUUGCAAAGUUGAUAGUCCAACAGUCACAACUACCUUAAAGAAUCUUGGGGCACUUUACAGACGUCAAGGCAAGUUUGAAGCUGCUGAAACAUUAGAAGAGGCAGCAAUGAGGUCUCGUAAACAGGGUCUUGAUAAUGUUCACAAACAGAGAGUUGCUGAAGUGCUCAAUGACCCAGAAAGUAUAGAGAGACGACGAAGCCGCGAGAGCCUCAAUGUCGACGUGGUAAAGUAUGAGAGUGGCCCUGAUGGAGGAGAGGAAGUGAGUAUGAGCGUAGAAUGGAAUGGGGAUGGCACUGGAUCUCUAAAACGCAGUGGCUCUUUUAGCAAACUCCGUGCUUCAAUUAGACGCAGCAGUGAGAAGCUGGUGAGAAAGCUGAAGGGAGGAAGUUCACGAGAGAGUGAACCAAAGAACCCUGGCAUGAAGCGUGCCAGCUCAUUGAAUGUUCUUAACAUGGGUGGCAAGGCAACUGAAGAUCACUCUCAAGGACGAGCUAAUUGUCUGACAGACUCAAGAGUUCUGAGUGCCAGUCACACUGAUUUGGCCCACUGAGGUUCUGGGACAGAUGCUAGCUAAAAAAAAAAAAAAUCCCUUGCGAAUUACAAAGCACUGAGGUUCAAAGGUUUUGGUUUACGUCAUUGUCUUUCUAGAACCAUUUAGGUUAGAGACAUCGUUGAAUGAACUGCUGCUUCUAGGCUGCCUUAAAAUGUGGCAUUUUUAAAAGAACCUGGAGUUAGUUGACUCGCAUCUUCGUCAAAUACAGAGCAUGUUGCUAGUUCUUUGGAGUUGUGUUACAGAUCCACAUAUUGCAGCGCCCAAAAACAGGGGAACCGUCUCCCCCAAUUGAAAAUAUAUUGAAAACUAAAGGAGUGCAAAUUGUCUUUGGAUAGGGUGUUUUAAAAACUGUUACAAGGAGGGUGUUUUAGUGACUUUAUGAAAAGUUGAUAGAAUGAAAUAGAGCUAAAUCAAGUUUAUCACUGUAUAAAAACCAGGAUUGUGUAUAGUUAGCCUUGCACCAUCGGCUAUCAGAAUUUGCAUGGAGUUUGUCUGACUUGUGAUUGGACUUCAGGGUUCUUUAACUAAUAAAACAAGUUACUAACAGAAAGGAGAAACUUAAGAGAAGACUUCAGAGUGUUGCACUUGAUAGCCGUCUUGGCCUAAAAAAAUCAAUGGAAGCGGUGCAAUUAUUUUAAAACUGGGAAGGGAGGAGCACAAGGAGUAAUCUGGCUGGAAAGCCUUUUCCAUCAUCACAGCGUUCCCGUUUUCUCUAAGAUGGAAAUACUGUUACUGUUGUCUCUUGAGUUUCAACUUAUGCCAUGUUUGGAAUAGAAAUAGGAGGAAAAUAAAGCUUACUGGACUAUUACACUGUGAAGUAGCUGCAGUGCCUAGAGGCCUCGUGAGAAACUUGCAACAAGCAAUGUACAAGUGAAUGUUGUCCUGGAUAGCUGCUACUGGCAGGCUGUUUGUUCCUUAAGCAUCCAGUUGCUUGAUAAACACUUAGGUGAUGCACUAUUCUCAGGGGACCAGGUUGGGAAGAAUAAAUGUUUUAGCCUUUCAGUUUUAGUCAGUCCAAUAAAAUGCAUAUUUUUAAGUCUGUCUCCCUUUUGCAAAGCUAUUACUUAAAGGCAGAAUGGAGAGAGAGUAUAUAAGUCAUGGCUACAUGGUAGCAAAAGUUCCUCUGGCCAGUAAGAGUAAUAAAGCAAGAUUAGCAUUCUUUGGUCAUAGGAGAAGAGGAAAGGAAGCAAUUUUAUUAGAUUGAGCUGCAGAGAUUUGAUGUCACUAAAAGUGCUUACCUAUUCUGCAGAAUUCUUGUUUUUAUAAGCAAGAAACUUAAGUUGUCUACACAGAGCGCAUCUGACAAGGUUUGUGUGUUGAAGAAUAUUGAAUCUUUACAUGACAGUAGCUGUGUGUUAAUGGUCUGAGACCCAGUGCUGCUAAAUGGGUAGAGUUUGGGGGCAGAUUUUUGCAAACCAUUUGUGAUCUUCAGAGAAUUGUAUGUGCACAUUCAUAAUGGAGAUUCUUCCAUUCUUCACCAUUCUAGUUCUGCAUAUAGUUUAAAUUGGCUCUGGAAAGUUGGUGGAAUGGGACAAACUAAUUGUACUUAUUGUCUAAUACAAACAUUCCAUCCCUAAAUUUCAAAUGUAGUAUGCUUGGAUUAUUAAUCACCCCAAUUUUUUCUUUGAUGUCUCCAUUUGGCAUUCCAGCCUCUGAAGGCUACAGAUAUUUCCAGUAUGCCUAUGCUUUCUUGUAGCUGAGAUGUUUGGUUCAUGUGGUACAACGGCAGAAAUGUCACACAUCUGAAAAGCGUUACACUUUGAAGAAAAUAUGUUAUGACCUGGUUGUAACAUUAAAGUAAAACUAGUUCUUUAUAUUC